UUAUGAAUCGAAUAUUGUCAUUGUUGAUAGUGAUGAUGAUGAUGAUGAUGAUGCUGGUGAUGAACAAAAACAACUCCUUCGACCUGAUAUUGAGAAAGAAUCAACAUUGAAUUCAGUUCAAACAACAACAACAACAAUAGCAACAGAACAACAGCAACUCAAUACAAUUGAAUCGUUGAGGCCAUCAACAUUGACAUUGGCAACGACACCAAUAUCAUUAGAUCAUAAUACAGUUGAUGUGAAUAACAGUAGCAAUAAAAACAAACAUCAGUCCUAUCGUCAACCACAACAGCAACAAGAAAAGCGAUCAUUGUUUCUUACAAUCGAUCAUAAAUUGGCUAUAAGACGUCGAAAUACUGGCUCUGUUCGUUCAUAUGAAGAAUGUGAAAUUAUGUCUACCGCUGUUCCAUCAAUAUCACCUUCGAAUGAGAUAUCAAAAUCGACUGCAAUAUUGGCUACCAAUGAUGAUAUUAACAAUAAUAAUAAAUGUUCAACAUCAGAAUUUAUCACAAAUGAAAUGUCUCCCAAACAACAACAACAACAACAUCAUCAUCAAAUGGCCAUCAUAAACGAACAUGGUGAUAAUAUCAAUCAUGAAUCAAAAAUUGUCCAGCCAUUGGCUCAAAUAUUGAUUUCAUAUAUUGAAAAAUUGAAAAAUUUUUCCAUAAACAAAACAACAAUGGCCACAUUUUUACGACGUUCAUUGAUUACCAUAUUUAUGGCCAUUUUUAUAUCGGUCGUACAAACAUAUACAUGGAUUACAUUGCCCAUUUAUUUUAUAUUACAAAAACCAUGGUUAAAACGAAAAUUGAAUGCACGUAAUCGUGUAAAAAUCUACAAACCAUCUCCAUCGUUGACAGUACCAUCAAUUAAAUCGGAAUCUAUCAAUUCAUAUCAUCAUCAUCAUCAUAAUAAUAAUUAUGAUCAAUUAAGUAAUGGCCUAUCAUUAUCGCCAAUAUAUAUCCGUGAUGAUUGUGGUGAAUAUAAUCAUCCAAUAUUUAAAUUUGAAACUUUGACCGAAAUAGUUAAUAAUAUACCUAAUCUUUAUGGUCCAGAUGUCCCAUGUCUUGGAUAUCGUCAAGUGCUAUCUGAAGAAGUAGCAUUAGAUUCACAAGGACAAAUCAGACGAAUGGAUGGUCGACAAUUGAAACAAUAUCAUUUGAGUGAUUAUAAAUGGCUUACAUAUUCACAAGUGAAUGAUGUUACCAAUAAUAUUGCCCAAGGUUUAAUAGCGAAUGGAAUUAAUGAAUUAAGCCGUGUAAUGAUCAUAUCGGAAACACGUAUUGAAUGGAUGCUUUGCUUUCAAUCAUUACUUCGUUGUAAUGCUACAUUAGCCACUGUAUUUUCCAAUCUAGGUGUCGACGGUGUAGCUCAUGGUAUUGAAGAAACCGAAGUUGAAACUGUGAUUGUAUCAUUGGAAUGCAUUACAUUGCUAAAAUCAGCUCUUUGUCAUGCGAAAAAACAUUCCGUUAAACGUAUCAUUUAUAUGGAUGGUCUGCAAAAACCUGAAAUUGAUAUUGAAGAAUCAAUUAAAACAUUUGCUUUAAGCGAUAUUGAAAAAAUUGGUAAACAAUUAAUCGAAGAGAAUCGCCAACAACCAUAUCCAUCUGCCAAAUUGGAUAAAACGAUGCUUAUAAUGUAUACAUCCGGUACAACUGGUCUACCAAAAGCCGCUACAAUGACACAGCGUCAAUUUUUGGGCUCAAUACGUGCAUUGUUUGUCCUAGUCAGACAUAUAAUACAUGAAGCACCAUUUCAUACAUAUAUUUCCUAUCUACCAAUGGCACAUGUACUUGAACUAACGCUCGAAGUAUUUUUCUGUGUUGGUGGUGUUCGACUUGGUUAUGCAUCACCAUUCACAUUGACAGAUUCUGCACCGGGUCUAGCACGUGGUCAAAAACCUGAUAUAAAAUUGCUACGACCAACGGUAAUGACAACCGUACCAUUAGUUUUGGAUCGAAUCAUAAAAGAAGUUAAUGAUAAACUACGUUCACGGACACCGGUAUCACAGCCAGUAUUUCAAUUUUUAAUGAAUUACAAAUCAAUGUGGACACGAUUGGGUUAUCGUUGUGAUAUUGUUAGCAAAUUAUUAUGUACCAAAGUUCGUGAACAACUUGGAAGUAAUCUACAUUUUGUCAUUUGUGGUGGUGCACCAUUGAAUUCUAAUACACAAGCGACAAUAAAAUCGGCUUUGGAUGUAACAUUGAUUCAAGGUUAUGGUGCCACUGAAACAACUGGAGCCGUUCUUUGUAUGGAUUUCGAUGAUCUCGAAUAUGGACGUGUUGGUGCUCCACUUGGUCAUGUUUAUUUUCGAUUACGUGAUUGGCCUGAUGGUGGUUAUUCAGUGAAAGAUAAACCAAAUCCACGUGGUGAAAUUCUUAUCGGUGGUGAUCUUGUUGCCAUCAAUUAUUUCAAAAGACCCGAACAAUCAAAUGAAGUUUUUAUUACCGAUCAAAAUGGCAUAAGAUGGUUUCAAACUGGUGAUGUUGGUGAAUUAUAUCCAAAUGGUACGAUAAAAAUUAUUGAUCGUUGUAAAGAUCUCAUUAAACUACAGAAUGGUGAAUAUAUUUCACUUGGAAAGGUCGAAGCAGCAUUAAAAUUCUGUCAAUUAGUCGAUAAUAUAUGCGUUUAUGGUGGUACAUUUUCCAAUGAUAUAGUCGCAUUAAUUAGUCCUAAUCGUAAAGCUUUAGAACAAUUAGCACAAACUAUUGGUAAAAAUCAUCUUUCAAUUGAAGAACAAUGUAAUGAUCAACAAAUACAGCAAAUAAUAUUUGAUGAAAUAAUGAAAACGGCGAAACAAUUAUCAUUGGGAAAGAAAGAAAUACCAAGACGUGUACGAUUAGUACCAGAAAUUUGGUCACCAGAUAAUGGAAUAUUAACAGCUGCAUUGAAAUUGAAGCGUCGUAUUGUUGAACAAAUGUAUAAACAACAAUUAUAUGAUUUAUAUAAUGCAAAAAAAUUUAAUCUUAUAACAACAAAUGGAUAUGAUCAGAAUAAUAAUAAUAACAACAACAACAUCGAAAACAACAACAACAACAACAACAGCGACGACAACAACUACCACCACCACCACCAAUGGUGGUAAUGAUGUUAAACAUACAACGGUGACGAAUGGAUCAACUACAAAUCAUCAUCAUCAUCAUUCAUCAUGAUUCAAUAUUGAUUGAAUCCUUGAAAUGCCAUAAUCCAUAUCAUUGCCAUCCAUGUCAUUCGUUUAUUUGACGAAAUCGAAUAUUGGAUAUAUCAAAUAUUGUCUUAUUGAUUGUUCCUUAUUACUCUUCGUAUAUAUUGAUUAUUAUUUAGAAUUUUUUUUAUUUGAUUUUUUUAUAUAUUAUUAUUAUUAUUAUUAUUAUUAUCUAUAUAUCAUUCGACGAUCGCCAAUCCAAUCAUAUCAAUCUUUUGCGCCAAUGGAUCAUCCAUGUAUCGAUAAAACAUUGAAUAUUAUCAUCACCAAUGGAUGUGUAGGUGUGUGGAUAUAAUUUUUAUUUAUAUAGUAUAUAUAGAUUGAUUAUAUGAUUGAUAACUAUAAUAAUUGAUUGAUAAUAAUUUAU